AUGUCUUGUAACCUACAUCAAUUCAUCCAAUUUUUCGUUAAACUAUAUGAUAAAGAGUCUUUAAAAUUAAUUUUGAUACCAAAAAAUACCAUUUGUUGGUAUGAACAAGGUGCUAAAGAUAUAUGGACAUCAAAAAUCGCCGACAAAUUAUUAGAACAAGCUAAUUCUGGAUUUAAAAGCACAGAACAAUUUCUUAAUUUGUCAGAAAAUGUUGAAUAUAUUAAAAGGCAGAAAAAAGAAGAAGACAUGCAUAGUCGUUUUUGUGACAAUAUUAAGGUAAAACUUAAUCAUCCUCUUAAAUCAUGGUAUGCUAUUAAAUAUCUAAUUCCUCUGCAUACUUAUCUACAAGCUAAGAAAGGCUUUGAUGUGCUUUUUAAUUUUAAUUUUAAGUUCGACCCUCCUAAGAGAGUUGAAAGUUGGAUAGACAAUAUUUGGGAUAAUGAAAUUGAAGAAAUAACACAACCAGAUUUAAGGGGAGCCGAUGAACACUUUUUUAAAAAUAGUUUUGAAGAACUGUUGA